AUGUCAGAAGUCCAAAUAAAAGAUAUUACACUUGCAAAAAUUGAAGAUUUGUUCCAGUUAAAUGGCAAAUCAUUGAAAGAAUAUUGUGAAAUGUCAUAUCCUUCGGAAAAUUUGGUGUCCAGCUUAGAAGACAGAAUUAUAAUAGAAGAGUUGAACUUUGACGUUAAUUCUCUUGCGAGUGAACUAGGCGGGUAUUUAAAAAAGCUAACUGAUGAGCAGAAAUUUGCAUACGAUCAAAUAAUUGGUGUUAUUAGCGGUCUAAAGGAGGGAAGUCUUCUUGCAAGGUUAAUAUCCAAGGCCAAAUUAAUCAUAUGGGAUGAAGCUCCAAUGAUAAAUGGUGAAUCAAUCGUUUAUAUACCAUCUGACAUUUUGGUUAAGAACUCUGAGAUAGCUUUGGACGAUCUCAUUGAUUUUGUGUAUCUAAAUAUGUUAUCUAAUUUAUCCGUUGAAAAGUAUUUCAAGGACAGAGCAAUUCUUGCUCUAACUCUGGAUUGUGUCACUAAUAUCAACAAUAAGAUGACUGCAUGGUUACCUGGACAAGAAAGAGUCUACUUAAGUUCAGACUUUGUGUGUGCUGAGGAGGAAAAUAUGGAAUUUAAGUUAGAUGCUUUCUCGCCGGAGAUUCUAAAUAGAAUAAAUUGUUCAGGUCUACCACCACACAAAUUGGUUGUGAAGGUUGGCGCUCCUGUUAUGUUGUUGUGGAAUAUAGACCAAACUAAUGGUUUGUGUAAUGGAACGAGAAUGCAAGUUAGAAGAAUGGGAAAUCAUGUGAUAGAAUGCAAGACUUUAACCGGUAACAAAGCUGAAAAUAUUGUUCUUAUCUCAAGACUAAAUCUAAUUCCAAAUAAUGAAACAUUACCGGUCAGGUUUCAAAGAAGACAAUUUCCAAUUAUUAUGUCAUUUGCAAUGACAAUAAAUAAGUCCAAGGGACAAACUCUAUCGAAAGUUGGAAUUUACCUUCCAAGGCCAGUUUUCACCCAUGAUCAAUUGUAUGUUGCGUUAUCAAGGGUAACGAGUAAAGAUGGUCUACGAGUGCUGUUGCAAGAUCAUGGGCACUUGGAAGAUAACUGCACGAUGAAUGUGGUAUAUAGAGAAGUUUUUGAGAGCCUAUAA